AUGUUUCGAAGGUCCUCGUACGCUUCAGUUGCUGCAGGCAACAGCGGCCAACCGCAAGGCUCUGCCCCAACUCGCUCCGGCGCAUUCUCGCAUCUCGCCAACAAUAACUCCAGCUCCGGCUCCUAUCCUACACAAGCGACCGCCCAGUCGUCUCGUCACCUCUCGCGCUCGCUGGAUACGGAUGGAUACAACACCAACAUGUCUACAUCAUGGGGACGCGGAGGCCCAUUACCCUCUUACUCGAGCCAUUUUGGAUACCUGCACGGAUCGGGCCCGACAGGCCAGGAUGGGCCACUGCCUCCCUUUUUCGUGCCGUCAUACUUGAGAGGAUCGAAGUACGCAGAGAGGGUCGAGGAUGCAUAUAAAGCGAAGGUUGCCGCACAGAGGGAGCUCAGAUCAACACAAUCGUCGAACGCCGGAUCGCUCUCAACAAGUUCCAGCAGCGUCAAUCUCCACAAGAUGGUACCAUCCCAUCGGGGGUUGAGCCAUGAGAUAAUAGAACGCGCGCCCGUCUACGUAGAUGAUCAAGUAACAUCAUGGCCUACGAAGUGGAACGAGGCGGACAUGUACCCGACGCUGGACGUGGAUGAAGGUGGACUACAGACCAAGUUUACUGGUCCUACACCCAAGAGCAACGAUGAAGCUGGUUCGAUCCGGGCAGACCAUCCCAUGCCACGGCAAGGCGGAAUCUAUUACUACGAAGUGACCAUCGUCGCCAAGGGUAAAGAUGGUAGAAUGAUUGGCAUCGGAUUUACUGGACCAAAGGUCGUUCUUAGCAGGAUACCAGGCUGGGAGCCCGACUCUUUCGCGUACCACGGCGACGACGGGUAUUCUUACAGCAACACCACCUCGGGAAAGCCAUUUGGACCCAAGUUCGGGACGCUUGAUGUGAUUGGAUGUGGUGUCAAUUUCCGGAAGGGCACUGCGUUCUUCACAAGGAAUGGCCAUUUCUUGGGUGAACCCUUCAAAGACAUCAAACCAAACCUUUCAUGGUAUCCGACCGUGGGCAUGAAGAAGAAUGGGGAAACGCUGAGGGUGAAUUUCGGACAGGAACCGUUCCUCUUCGACAUUGACAAGAUGGUCCAGGCCGAGAAGGCAGAAAUACAGAGGGAGAUUGCAGCUGUCAAAGCACCCCCGCGGACAGAGAAGGACAAAUCGCCUUUUGACGAGACCGCAUUCAUCCACAGUCUUGUCAGCCAAUACCUUGCACAUGAUGGUUAUGUGGAAACCGCACGCGCCUUUCAAGAAGAGGUUGCAGAAGAAUCGCAGGCAUUGGCCAACGAGGACGCCGAUCUUUCCUACAUUGAGGUAGAGGAGGAUGUCGACGCGAUAAACCGGCAAAAGAUCCGCGCCGCAAUAUUGGAAGGUGACAUCGAUAAGGCGCUGAAGCACACCAAUGCCUACUAUCCGUCAGUUCUCCAAAACAACGAGAACAUAUAUUUCAAACUACGAUGCCGGAAAUUCAUCGAGAUGAUCAGAGUCACUAAUGACCUUGCCUCGAAACGAAACCAAAUCAUUCCUACACCCCCUUCCAAGCGUUCAACCGCAUCCAACGGACACAACGACGAGUAUGACUUCGAGAUGGAGCUCGACGAGCAGCUCGGCGUCCACAAUGGCUCAUGGAACAUCGGGGCAGAGAACAUGAACGUGGAUGACGACGAUGACGAAGAUCCAGAGGUCCACCAACAGAAAUUGCGCGAGCUAACGAGCAGGGCUAUCGCCUACGGCAUGGAACUUCGCCAGGAAUUCCACAACGAUCCGAGAAGAGAAGUUAAGAGAGCUCUGGAGGAUACCUUCGCACUGAUCGCCUACGAAAAUGCGGCAGAGUCGGCGUUGGCUCCGUUGCUGGAUGUGAGUGGUCGGGUCCCUGUAGCGGAGGAGCUGAACAGCGCCAUUCUUGUUUCUCUCGGCAAAAACUCCCGAGCAACAUUGGAACGUCUUACACAACAGACAGAGGCCUUAGUGAAUGAGCUGGCCGAAGACGGUGGCCCUGGAGCUUUUAUCAACGUUCGAAGGGACGUCCUAACAUAG